AAGUGGAACUCCUCAGAACCCAUCUUGAAGUGUAGUGAAGUUUUCUCGGAAAAUUCAAGAAAAAUGUCGCGUAAUCAAUUGCCAGAUUCGUCUUCAUCACCGCCAAUAAGCCACAUGCCGUUCCACAACUUUGACGAUGAUCUGAUCAACGAUCUGCCCUCCUGCAUCUAUGCGGGCCAGCAUCAGGGUGGCAACCAUGGGGGUGGCGGAGGUGCCGGCGGGUCAGGUGGCGGCGGUAGCUCUGGACUGCGCCUCAACUCGAACAAUCUGCGGCACAUCCAGCAGCACUAUAUGCAACACGGAGGAGAGAACCUCUUGGACUCGUCGACCAAUCCCAUGGGUGUGCAUCAGUCGAAUAGUGCCACGCCCUUGAUGUGCAAUAGUCCCAGUGCCAGCAGCAGUGGCGGAGGCCCUGGAGGAUCUGGAGCCCCAGGAGGAUCAGGCGGAGGGGGAGGAGGAGGCGGCUCAAAUCCCAACUACGGCUCGGUGGGUGCCACAGCCGCCUCCAGCUACAAAAUGCAGCGACAGGCGGCCAAUGUGCGAGAAAGGAAACGCAUCCAGAGGUCCGCACCAACUGGUAGCAUCAAUUCGGCCUUCGAUGAGCUGAGGGUCCAUGUGCCCACAUUUCCGUACGAGAAGCGAUUGAGCAAGAUCGAUACGCUCCGGCUGGCGAUUGCCUACAUAUCGCUGCUGCGAGAGGUGCUGCAGACCGACUAUGAUCCUCUUACCUACGUGGAGAAGUGUCUUCGUGGAGAGAUCAAGGCGGAUCGGGCCAAUUGGAAUACGAGUGAUCUCACUGCCCGUCUCUCGUGGAUCAAUUGGGAGAACCUGGGCGUCCAUCCUGGACGGCGUACCCUGCUCACCUCGCUGGCUCUGUCCUCGGAGCCCAUGUGUGGUGCUCACUGCGGCAUGCCAUGAAUGGGAUGGUGUCCAGAUUAGCCAAGCUAACUCUGGAAUCGAUUG